UUGGCCCUUGAAGAACGACAUUUUAAACUGUAGAAGAGGAAGGGGAAAAGAUGGGCCAUUGGGAGCGUCUCCCUGAAAAGAGUGAACCCAGCCCAGCCCUGCCUUUUUGCUACUUAGGGAGGAAUUCUGCCACGGAAGGGUUCUGGCAUCGGUGAUGAGCAAUGGGGUAUGAUGUAGCACGUUUUCAGGGGGAUGUUGAUGAAGACCUUAUAUGCCCCAUCUGCAGCGGGGUCCUGGAGGAGCCGGUUCAGGCUCCUCACUGCGAGCACGCCUUCUGCAAUGCCUGCAUCACCCAGUGGUUCUCCCAGCAGCAGACGUGCCCCGUGGACCGCAGCGUCGUGACGGUUGCCCACCUCCGCCCCGUCCCGCGGAUCAUGCGUAAUAUGCUCUCGAAGCUGCAGAUCACUUGCGACAACGCUGUUUUCGGCUGUACGGCAGUUGUGCGACUUGACAACCUGAUGUCUCACCUCAACGACUGCGAGCACAAUCCAAAGCGUCCAGUGACUUGCGAGCAGGGAUGCGGCUUGGAAAUGCCCAAAGAUGAGCUGCCAAACCACAACUGCAUCAAGCACUUAAGAUCCGUGGUGCAGCAGCAGCAGACAAGAAUCGCCGAGCUGGAGAAGACCUCGGCGGAGCACAAGCAUCAGCUGGCCGAGCAGAAACGGGACAUUCAGUUGCUGAAGGCCUACAUGCGCGCCAUCCGCAGCGUCAACCCCAACCUGCAGAACCUGGAGGAGACCAUCGAAUACAACGAAAUCCUGGAGUGGGUGAACUCCCUGCAGCCGGCCCGGGUGACGCGGUGGGGUGGAAUGAUCUCCACGCCGGACGCGGUGCUGCAGGCCGUCAUCAAGCGCUCGCUGGUGGAGAGCGGCUGCCCCACGUCCAUCAUCAACGAGCUGAUCGAGAACGCCCACGAGCGGAACUGGCCGCAGGGCCUGGCCACGCUGGAGACCCGCCAGAUGAACCGGCGGUACUACGAGAACUAUGUGGCCAAGCGCAUCCCUGGCAAGCAGGCCGUGGUGGUGAUGGCCUGCGAAAACCAGCACAUGGGCGAGGACAUGGUGCUAGAGCCGGGACUGGUGAUGAUAUUUGCACACGGAGUGGAGGAGAUCUAAGGACUCGCACAGAGAAACGCUUCGUGCUGACGAGGGAGAGGAGGGGGAAGGGGCAG